AAGAAAAAAUCAACUUGCAACUUUCAACGAUUAUCAUCAGUCUUCUGCGAAUCGCAAAACAUUGAUUUAUUUUUAUUUUUUUUUUCCGGAAUCAUUGUUUUUUUUGUGAAUAAAAUAAUUAAGCGCAUAGCGUUUAUGCUAUGCCCAUUCAAACGUUACAAUAUAAAAUUCGUCAUCUUAAACGACAAGAAAUUGAACAGCUAUUGCAACUAUGCAAAGCCGAGGGACGUCAUAUGGGUACAGUGGCCGAAAUAGAAUCCUGGAUGCAAAUCGAUCCAAAUGGAUUUUUUGUUGCUGUCAACGAAAAAGAUCAUCGUAUAAUUGGAAGCUGUUGUGGAAUGUGUUUAUCGAAAACUCAUGGCUAUGUUGGAAUGUAUGUUGUAAGCAAAGAAUAUCGUGGCCUAGGGAUUGGCAAACAAAUAUGGUCAGCUGCAAUUCAACAUCUUGGAACAAGAAACCAGGGUCUAAGUGCCGUUUCUCACCUGUUCACACUGUACCGGGAUAAAGCUGGCUUUUCGCAUGUUGCUGAUUGGACUGUUGAUCUAUAUCGUUUAGAUUAUAUGGAAAGAAUGAUAUUAAUUCAUUGCAAUAAACAUCAACAAAUCAAACGAAGAAAAUAUGAUAAACGACAAAAAGCUGGCAGCAAUAAUAAUAAUCAUCCAAUGACAACAACAACCACAACGAUCACUGUUCAUGAUGAUAAUGAUGAUGGUGUUGAUGAUGAUAAACGUCGACGACAACACGAACAUAUCGAUCUGAUAUCAUCAUUAACAACCAAAGAAUGUGUAUUCUGUUGUCUUGGCCAUCAAUACAAAAGUAAACAACGAAAAUAUUUACGACAAAAACGUAUGCUUAUCAAUAUGAUGAAUAAUAAUAAAUCCAAUUUGGAAUUCAGUGAUGAUGAAUCAUAUGGAUUUUCAUCAUUGUUUUUUGGUGCCGAUGAUGAAAUCGAUAAUGCUAAUGUUGGCAGUGGUAAUGUGGAUAACAUCGAUCAAUCCAUCAAAGAGAAUAUAAUCGAUUCAUCAUCCACAACAACAACAGUAACAGCAACAACACCGGCUAAAAUGAAGAAAGCAACAAAUUCUAGUUUCACCGAUUCAAUUCAGCUAGAAUCAUUGGAAUUUUUAUUUAAAUUUCGUUUCUGUAAAUGUAUUCGUUGUCAUGGUGGUAAAAUGCGCACAAUCAUAUUGAACGGGCAAGAUGAUCAAUUGAUUGAAAAAGUUGUGGAAUAUGAUCACCGGUUACAUCAAUAUGAUCGAUCUCGAAUUGUUCGAUUAACAUUGAUUGAAAAAAAUUGUAUCAGUCGUAUUGCAAUGCUUGGACAAACAGUUGUUGGUUAUGGUUGUGUAAAACCAUCAUUACAAAAUAUGUGGAUAAUGUGUCCAUUGUAUGCUGAUAAUGAAUUUGUUGCAAGAAUGUUGAUGAUUGAUUUGAUUAGUGAUCUAAUUCUAAUCAGUCAAUCAUCGAUCAAUCACAAUACUAUAAUACCGACUGUUGUAUUGAAAACACCAAGCAAUAAUCAUAAUGCUUGUCGUUUACUGAAAGAAUUGGGAUUUGUUAAACAAGAUUAUUCCCUCAAACGUUGUUAUACAAAACAAUUGGUUCAAGUACCAACACAAUUCAUCUAUGCUUUACAUACAUCUGUAUUUUGUACUGAAUAAUUCUUUUUUCAUCAUUUCAAACAUCUAUCUCUCAUCUUCAUCAUUAUCAUCAUCAAUUUUUAUUUUUCUUUUUUUUCAUAAAAAAAUUCAAUUUGUUUCCAUUGUAUGGAUAACGAAUUGUGAUUUAAAAACAAGACCAAAAAAAAUUUCUACAAAACACACUUGAUUAAUGAAUGUUUUUUUGAUUACACAAACUAUCCAUACACCAACCAUACAUCCACACAUACACACCUACCACCAUGGCUUUCAAUUUGUAAUUUUUCCUUUUUUUCUGCAGAAAUUUUUCUUCUUCUCUUCUCUAUUUAUCAUCAUUAUCAUCAUGUUUGGUCUUCUCUUCUCUACUUAUUAAUUAUAUAAUCA